AUGAAGCUCCAUCCAUACAUCAUCCUCGCCUCCGUGGUGGGCAUGGUCCAGGCGCUCCAUAUGGACACCAACAACCUCACCAACAUCAAGCAAAACGCCGCACUUGUGGCCGAUGGGCUCAUGAACUACUACGACGGCUACCGCCGUGGAGGUACCAUCGGAAAGUUCAUCCCUCCCUACUAUUGGUGGGAGGCAGGUGGCGCCUGGGGCUCGUUGAUCGACUACAGUUACUACAUGGAAAACAACACCUACCACGACGUCAUCCAGCAGGCGAUGGAGUACCAGACAGGAGACGACUAUAACUACAUUCCCUUGAACGAGUCCACCACCGAAGGAAAUGACGAUCAGGGCUUUUGGGGCGUGGCUGUGAUCGCUGCGGCCGAGAAGAACUUCACCAACCCCAAGGACCCCAAGAAGCAGUGGCUUGCGCUCGCCCAGGCGGUGUUCAACACCAUGAGUGCCAGAUGGGACCCCGAGCACUGCGGUGGAGGGUUGAGAUGGCAGAUUUUCCAGUGGAACUCGGGUUACAACUACAAAAACUCGGUUUCCAACGGGUGUUUGUUCCACAUCGGUGCCAGGUUGGCCAGAUACACUGGAAACGAUUCUUACGCUGACUGGUCCGAAAAGGUAUGGGACUGGAUGAUAGACUCCGAUUUGAUCAUCCCCGGCCCCUACUGGAAGAUUGUUGAUGGGCUCGAGGUCGACAACUGCUCGGACAUCUCGCCCUACCAGUGGACCUACAACCACGGGUUGUUCUUGGCUGGCUGCGCCUACUUGUACAACUACACUGAGGACGAAAAAUGGAGAAACAGAACCUUGGAAUUGUUGAAGGGAGCCGUGGUGUUCUUUGGCACCGAGUACGACAUCAUGUACGAGGCUGCGUGCCAGCCCUCCAAUACCUGUAAUCAGGAUCAAAGAUCGUUCAAGGCGUACUUCUCGCGGUUCUUAGGGUUGACCAUGACCUUGGUGCCUGAAACCGAAGCUGUCAUCAGGCCCUGGCUCGUCAAUGCAGCCAACGCUGCUGCCAACUCGUGUUCUGGUGGUACUGAUGGUGUCACCUGCGGCUUGAACUGGUUCACAGGCGGCUGGGACGGGAAAUUCGGGUUGGGUGAGCAGAUGUGUGCGUUGGAAGCCAUGACAAAUCUCCAGGCCAACAAAUUCCCUAUUUACACCGCCACCACUGGUGGAUCGUCCCAGGGCAAUCCUGCUGGAGGCUACGCGGUCACCAACACCAACGCCAGUCCCUUGAAAUUGGGUGCUGGCGAUACUGCCGGAGCAGGCAUUAUCACCGCCAUCAUCGGGGUGUCCAUCGUGGCCUCGGGUGUCUGGCUUGUUCUCUAG